UCUAUGACACCCUACAUUCUCUUUUCUUGUAUUCCUGGCUGUUCUGACCCACCUGUUCUAAACUCUACUGACCCUCAUCAAGGCACCUAAGAAGAAAAUGGUCAUGACUGGGGUCCCAGUCCUAGGAGUUUUCAUCACGGUCCUGAUGAGACUUCAGGGAUCAUGGGCUAUCAAAGAGGAACACGUGAUCAUCCAGGCUGAGUUCUAUCUGAACCCUGACAAGUCAGGCGAGUUUAUGUUUGACUUUGACGGUGAUGAGAUUUUCCACGUGGAUCUGGAAAAGAAGGAGACGGUCUGGCGGCUUGAAGAAUUUGGACGGUUUGCCAGCUUUGAGGCUCAGGGUGCAUUGGCCAAUAUAGCUGUGGACAAAGCCAACCUGGACAUCAUGAUAAAGCGCUCCAACCACACCCCGAACACCAAUGUGCCUCCAGAAGUGACUGUGCUCCCCAACACCCGCGUGGAACUGGGAGAGCCCAACACCCUCAUCUGUUUCAUCGACAAGUUCUCCCCACCAGUGGUCAAAGUCACAUGGCUUCGAAAUGGCAAACCUGUCACCACAGGAGUGUCAGAGACAGUCUUCCUGCCCAGGGAUGACCACCUGUUCCGCAAGUUCCACUAUCUCACCUUCCUGCCCUCAACCGAGGACGUCUAUGACUGCAAAGUGGAGCACUGGGGGCUGGAGGAGCCUCUUCUCAAGCACUGGGAGUAUGAAGCACCAGUUCCCCUCCCAGAGACCACAGAGAAUACGGUGUGUGCUCUGGGCCUGGUUGUGGCUCUGGCGGGCAUCAUUGUUGGGACCGCCCUCAUCAUCAAGGGCGUGCGCAAAAGCAAUGCUGCUGAACGCCGAGGGCCUCUGUGAGGCACCUGCAGGUAAUGGAUCUGGGUAGAGAGAAGAUCAGUGAAGAUAUUUCUGCUUGAAUAGCUUUACAAACCUGGCAAUACUCCAGUUGUUCACCUCAGUGAAGACAACCAUCCUUCAGGACUUUCCAGCCCUUAGCUACUCCAAGAGUAAAGACGCCUUCUUCAGUCUCCAAAUUCCAGUGUCCCGUUAUUCCCUGUCUACUGCUUCUUCUUGUAUUGGCUUUUCCUCCAUUUCUCACUGCCUUGUUAUUAUCACCAUGUAAUCUGUUUGGAAUAGAUCCCAUAGGAUUUUUUCUCUGCUAUGGAGCCUUUUGAAUGUUCUCUGGGGGCAUCCUCUGUACACUUAUUACUUGGAGAUUCUUCCAACUGUGAUUGUGAUUUUUCUGAAUGCAAUAAACUUGAGUGGGUCUUAAGUGGA